CUGAUGACGGGGGCGAGGACGGCGAGCUCGUGCGCUUUUGUAUGCCUCUAAGCUGAGUUCACGGCAUCAAGCCUCCGUCCGGCAUCUCACAGCCGCCUUCCGGCUGCAUGAGCACCCGCACUGCCAAGCAGCUUCCGUCGAGCGGUAGUGCCCGGAGAUUAUGGUCUCUACCGCGAGGCUCCUGGAGUGCACUGCCUCGUCAGCGAGCGAUGAGCAUGCCGUCGGCUCUCGCGUCAGGGGGCGCCUCACUGCCCGCGCAUCCAGAUGAUGUCGCCGCCGCGCCGCUGCGGUCCUCGACCCCUAAGCCCGGACUAUUUGGCGCCUCGGGCAUCAGACUCUCGGCCGCCGAGAGUGCUGCCGUGCCGCCGGCGGCCCAUCAUGGCAGAUGGCGUCUAGAAGCAGGCGAAACAGACGAGGCGGCUCUGCGGGGCCAAGUAGAGUGCGGAAUUCAGCGGCCUGCGAACACGGCACACGGCGCCGCGGCGCGCGUCACGAAGCAGCAGAGCACAGCGCUGCCGGACGCGCACGCGCCUCUGCGUCCCUCCACCACAGCCCGCCGUCUCUCCUGCCACUUCAGCGCCGCCGCCGAGUGCCUCUUCACUUGACGCCGCCGCCGCCGUCCUCGCUGCGCCCAAGCUGCACGCCCACCCGUCCAGUGUACGCGCUGAGAACUGACCUCUGCGUCUGCUGCAUCCUGUCGCUUACGUCCGUGCCUUCUGGCCGUUCCUUUCUUUCGCUCCUGCCACACACUCGACGCCAUGUCAGCGCCCAGCAAGCGCCCUUACUCGCCGCCGCCGCCGCCGCCGGGCAGAGAUGAGCACCGCCACGUGA